GAUUGGUAUUGCAGGAAAUUGUCGAAAGGAAUAACAUUAAUAUUUUUUAAAUAAAGAAACAAAAAAACAUUAUAGAUUUCUAUAUGUAAUAUUUACUAAUGUUUUAAUAACAUGUUAAGGUAAACCAACACAAUCAACGACAUCAUGUUUUAUUUAUAAAAAAAAACACAUCCAUAAGGAGGUAUUUAUCACUCGCAUUGUUUUUAAAAACCAAACUAAAUAUUGGGAUUGUCAAAAAAGAAAGAGAGAGAAAGAAUAAUUGACUUCAUGUGAUAUAGUUAUUAAAAGAUUAAUACUUAUGCGUUGCAGCUUUUUUUAGGUAGCGGUCUGUUUUUUAUAUACCGGGCUCGGGCACAAAAAAGAAAAUUGUUGUUGAAAAGGGUGCAGUGGUUCUUUCACAUUAAAAAGUAAUGAAAAAUGUGCAGUGUUGUAAAAAAGUGAAUAUUGAAAUAAAGAAUAUACAGCCUUUUGAAAGAUAAUACGAUUAACAUGAAAGAACAUGAAAUACUUUUGUCACGUCGAUACUCAAAAAACUCAAGUGUAGGAUUUCUAUUUAGUAAUAAUUCACAAAAAGUGGUCAAAAAGAGGGCUUUUCAUGCCCAACUUGAAAUAAGAUGAAACAAAACAUUUGUAAAAAAAAAAACACAUCAUCAUAGAAAAAACCUAUUUCAUGCCACUAGUUACAGCAACAAAUUAAAGAACUAACUAAAACAUUUAGUAAAAACAACCCAAAAAAUUUGUGUGGUCGUUUUUGUUUCUCUUUAAGGUAAUAAUUUGUUUUAACCAGGUUCACCACCUACGCCAACGGAAUAUGGGCAAUAAAUGCGGAAAACAAGACAAGUAUGCCGUCGACAACUCAGUUGAGACAAUAAAAGAUUAUUGCAGAGAACUACCAUUCUUGAAAUUCUUUGGUCAAACCAAUAUGGAAGGUGAGAAAAAUGAUGUCAGCUCGACUAAAAACGUGUCGAAUUUGGGAUCAUAUUUAUCCUUAUUGGACGAAUUCUUGAGAGGGUUAAAGAACGUUGAAGAUUUUACAGGAGAAGAGGAAAAGUUUGUUCAACUUUUAAGCUCGGUUUCAACCAAAAGAAAAAAAGAAGGUGAAACCACUAAAACGUGUUUCAAACGAUUGAAAAUUCAAAGCAAAAGAUUUUCCACAAUAUACAGGAAACGUGGAGUUAUAUCUGAAAAGUGCGAACAUCAAAAAUAUUGGGGUACAAGACAACAAUUGCUUGCUGGUAAAGUGAUUGCUGAUUGGUUGGAAACUAAAUAUGGUUGUCUUGAUCCCAUAUUUGGAGUUUUAAUGAACCCAACAGCAGGUAGAGUUGGUCCGGGUGAUUCAUGCUGGAUACAUAAUAUGCUAAACGAUGACACGGGUUACAUGGCGUACCAUUCAGUUGUUCAUGACGGCUUUGGUUAUUUGUAUACCUUUCAUAAAAUUGGUCCUGGUUAUGACUACAUGUGUACAGACACGUUAGACGAUGAUAACCCGAUGGCUGGUCAGAUUGAUGGAAUUAAGUUCUGGAGAGAGACACUGAAAGAAAUUGAAACGAAACUGAAUGUUCUGAAAAAGUGGAAAAGUUUAUGACUCGCCGACAUAUGAUGCUCAGUAAAAAAGGAGGGGUGUGGCUGUGACGUAAAGUUUAAUGAGAUGUAAAUAUGCUUUGACUAUUGGAAUUCACAUUGAUUCACCUUGUUAAAACUGAACUUAAACAAAC